AGCGGCUUCUGGCGGCAGGAGGCGGCCCCUCCUCUGCAGCGGGGCCUGCAGGGUCAUGGCUCCCAAGUGCCAGCCUUCGCUCACCCCUCCGACCAAGAAGGCCCAACUCUCUUCGGGCCCCAAACCCGAGGCAGCGACGGCCUCGCCGGGCCUGCUGCCCGAGGGAGAAAAAGGGCAACAAGAAGCAAUUGAACACAUCGAUGAAGUACAAAAUGAAAUAGACAGACUUAAUGAACAAGCCAGUGAAGAAAUAUUGAAAGUAGAACAGAAAUAUAACAAACUCCGCCUACCAUUUUUUCAGAAGAGGUCAGAAUUGAUGGCCAAAAUCGCAAAUUUUUGGGUAACAACAUUUGUUAAUCAUCCACAAGUGUCCGCGCUGCUUGGGGAAGAAGAUGAGGAAGUUUUGCAUUAUUUGACCAGAGUUGAAGUGACUGAAUUUGAAGAUAUCAAAUCAGGUUACAGAAUAGAUUUUUAUUUUGAUGAAAAUCCUUACUUUGAAAAUAAAGUUCUCUCCAAAGAAUUUCAUCUGAAUGAGAGUGGUGAUCUGUCUUCAAAGUCCACUGAAAUCAAAUGGAAGUCUGGAAAGGAUUUGACGAAGUGUUCAAGUCAAACGCAGAAUAAAGCCACUAGGAAGAGGCCACACGAGGAGCCCGAGAGCUUCUUUGCCUAGUUCACUGAUCACUCGGAUGCAGGUGCAGAUGAGCUGGGAGAGGUCACCAAGGAUGACAUCCGGCCCAACCCGCUGCAGUACUGUCUGGUUCCUGACAUGGAUGACGAGGAGGCCGAGGGAGAAGAGGACAAUGAUGAUGAUGAGGAGGAGGAGGUGGGGCUGGAGGACAUCGAGGAGGAGGGUGAUGAGGACGAAGGCGAGGAGGAUGAGGAUGAUGAGGAGGGCGAGGAGGACGAAGAAGAAGAUGACUAACUGAAUACUGACGGAUUCCAACUUUCUUGUUUUUCCUUUUUU